AUGUGCGGCAUCUUCGGCUACAUUAACUACCUCGUCGAGAGGGACCGCAAGUUUAUUCUUGACACUCUUCUCAAUGGACUCUCCCGUCUUGAAUACCGAGGCUACGACUCUGCGGGUCUUGCCAUAGAUGGCGAUAAGAAGAAUGAAGUUUGUGCUUUCAAGGAAGUGGGCAAGGUUGCUAAGCUUCGAGAGCUUAUUGAUGAGUGCAAGCCUGACUUGACCAAAUCCUUUGAAUCUCAUGCUGGUAUUUCUCACACUCGUUGGGCCACUCAUGGGACGCCUUCCCGCUUGAACUGCCACCCCCACAGGUCCGAUCUGAACUGGGAAUUUUCAGUUGUCCACAAUGGUAUCAUUACCAACUACAAAGAGCUCAAGGCUUUGUUGGAGAGCAAGGGAUUCCGCUUUGAGACUGACACAGACACCGAAUGUAUUGCAAAGCUUACCAAAUAUCUCUAUGACCAACAGCCCGAUAUCGAAUUCACAGUUUUGGCUAAGGCUGUUGUGAAGGAGCUUGAGGGCGCGUUUGGGCUUCUCAUCAAAUCCGUACAUUAUCCCCAUGAGGUCAUUGCGGCUCGCAAGGGGUCGCCGCUUGUUAUUGGCGUGAGAACGUCGAAGAAGAUGAAGGUGGAUUUCGUGGACGUCGAAUACUCAGAAGAUGGAGCCCUUCCUGCAGAGCAGGCCUCCCAGAACGUGGCCAUCAAGAAGUCUGCGACCGGCCUCCUUGCCCCACCUGACAAAUCCCUUUUGCAUAGGUCACAGUCUCGCGCUUUCCUUUCCGAUGAUGGCAUCCCCCAGCCAGCUGAGUUUUUCUUGUCUUCUGACCCAUCUGCAAUUGUCGAGCAUACGAAGAAGGUCCUCUAUCUCGAAGAUGAUGAUAUCGCUCAUGUGCAUGAGGGACAGUUAAACAUUCAUCGCCUCACAAAAGAUGAUGGUACUUCUAAUGUUCGCGCUAUUCAGACAAUUGAACUCGAAUUGCAGGAGAUUAUGAAGGGCAAGUUUGACCACUUCAUGCAAAAGGAAAUUUUCGAGCAACCCGAGUCUGUGAUCAAUACCAUGAGAGGACGACUGGAUGUUGCAAACAAGCAAGUCACACUCGGUGGCCUGCGGCAGUACAUUUCUACUAUCCGCCGCUGCAGAAGAAUCAUAUUUGUUGCCUGUGGAACUAGUUACCAUUCAUGCAUGGCUGUGCGUGGAGUCUUUGAAGAGCUUACUGAGAUUCCUAUUUCUGUUGAACUUGCUUCCGAUUUCCUGGAUAGACAGGCUCCAGUAUUCCGUGAUGACACGUGUGUUUUCGUUUCUCAGUCUGGCGAGACCGCUGACUCCCUUAUGGCCUUGCGCUACUGUCUCGAACGCGGAGCAUUGACCGUUGGUAUUGUUAAUGUUGUAGGGUCCUCUAUCUCACUUCUCACUCACUGCGGUGUGCACAUCAACGCUGGACCCGAAAUUGGGGUAGCUUCUACCAAGGCCUACACGUCCCAGUUCGUUGCUAUGGUCAUGUUCGCUUUGUCUCUUAGUGAGGAUAGGGCGUCUAAGCAGAAGAGGCGUGAGGAGAUUAUGGAGGGCCUUUCUAAGGUCUCCGAGCAAUUCAAGGAGAUCUUGAAACUUAACGAACCCAUCAAACAAUUGUGUGCAAACUUCAAGAAUCAAAAGAGUUUGCUUCUGCUGGGCAGGGGUGGUCAAUUCCCUACUGCCCUUGAAGGUGCACUUAAAAUCAAAGAGAUCUCUUAUCUCCAUUGCGAGGCUGUCAUGUCCGGCGAGUUGAAGCAUGGUGUUCUUGCCCUUGUCGAUGAAAACUUGCCCAUCAUCAUGAUUCUUACGAGGGACAACCUGUUCACGAAGUCGUUGAAUGCUUAUCAACAAGUCAUUGCCAGAGGUGGCCGUCCUAUUGUAAUUUGUAAUUCCGAUGACCCGGAAUUUUCUUCGGCUCAAACCGUGAAGAUUGAAGUUCCAAAGACUGUCGAUUGCCUGCAAGGUCUCCUGAAUGUCAUCCCCUUGCAGUUAAUCGCUUACUGGUUGGCUGUGUCUGAGGGUCUCAAUGUUGAUUUCCCUCGCAAUCUUGCGAAGUCAGUCACAGUUGAGUAA